AUGGCUUCCCGUCUUCUUGUCUCUGGCCUCCCCCGGUCCCUCCCUCCCCUUCCUCCGGGGCCUGCCCCCACCUGCGUUCCCUGCGUCGAGGGGCGGCAGCGCGCUGCUCCUCACUCCUCCGAGUUUCCUCCGACAGAGGCUCCGCUGCAGACGCUUCACAUGGACGUGUGGGGCCCCGCCCGCGUCCGUGGGCAGGGUCACGAGCGUUACUUCCUGCUGGUGGUUGACGACUACUCGCGUUACACCACAGUCUUCCCCUUGCGCAGCAAGGGUGACGUCACUGAGGUGUUGAUCGCCUGGAUCCGCGCAGCUCGUCUCCAGCUCCGGGAGAGUUUCGGCUCUGACUUUCCUGUUCUGCGUCUGCACUCCGACAGAGGCGGAGAGUUCUCCUCUGACCUUCUGCGGGCCUUCUGUCGUGCACGAGGCAUCCGCCAGACCUUCACGCUUCCGGACUCUCCACAGCAAAAUGGGAUUGCUGAGCGCCGCAUUGGCAUGAUCAUGGACGUCGCUCGUACGUCCAUGGUCCAUGCGGCUGCCCCCCAUUUUCUGUGGCCGUUUGCGGUUCGGUACGCGGCGCAUCAGAUCAACCUUCACCCCCGGGUCUCCAGGCCGGAGACCUCCCCUGCUUUACUGUGGACGGGGAAGGUUGGCGAUGCGUCUGCGUUCCGUGUCUGGGGAUCUCGGGCGUUUGUCCGCGACUUGUCUGCGGACAAGCUGUCCUCUCGUGCUGUUCCCUGCGUCUUCCUUGGCUUCCCUCCUGACGCGCCAGGCUGGCAGUUCUACCACCCCACCUCGCGCCGUGUUCUGUCCUCCCAGGACGUCACCUUUGACGAGUCGGUUCCCUACUACCGUCUCUUCCCCUACCGCACUGCGUCCCUCCCUCCCCCGCCGCUCUUCCUUACGCCAGGUCCCCCUCCGGUAGACCCCCUCCCCCCUCAGGGUCCUGCUCCCUCAGGUGUGUCCCAGGUAGAUGCAGUCGAGCCUGUCGAGGUAGCUGUUGACUCUGGUGCUGCUGGGGGUGCUGAGCCUGGGGGUGCUGGGUCUGGGGGUGCUGCGACUGGGGGUGCUGAGCUUGGGGGUGCUGAGCCUAGGGGUGCUGAGCCUGGGGGUGCUGCGCCUGGGGGUGCUGAGCCUGGGGGUGCUGCGCCUGGGGGUGCUGAGCCUGGGGGUGCUGUGUCUCGGAGUACGGAGCCUGAGGGUGCUGGGCCUGCUCGUGAGGCGUCUGGUGGUGCUGGGCCUGGCGGUUCUUCGGGUGCUUCGUCCCGGCGGGAGCUACUCUCUCCACAGGAGCUGCGUGAGUGGUUCGCCCGGCGCUGGCGGCGUGCUCCUGGAGCUGGAGCUGCUGCGUCUUCGGGUGGUCCGGCUGGAGCUGGAGCUACUGGGGGUGUUGGCGCUGGAGGUGCUACUGGCGCUGGUGCUGCUGAGGGUGCUAGAGUUGGCGCUGCUGGAGCUGGUGGUGCUACUGGUGCUCCUGGCGUUGGUGCUGCUGGUGCUCCUGGAGCUGGAGCUACUGGGGGUGUUGGCGCUGGAGGUGCUACUGGCGCUGGUGCUGCUGAGGGUGCUGGAGUUGGCGCUGCUGGAGCUGGUGGUGCUACUGGUGCUCCUGGCGUUGGUGCUGCUGGUGCUCCUGGAGCUGGAGCUACUGGGGGUGUUGGCGCUGGAGGUGCUACUGGCGCUGGUGCUGCUGAGGGUGCUGGAGUUCGAGCUGCUGGAGCUGGGGGUACUCCUGGUGCUGGUGCUCCCGUUGGGGGUGCUAGUGCUGUUCCUGCUGGCACUGGUGGCGCUACGCGACCACGGCCGUACUUCGUUCCGCUCCUUGAGCAGGUUCUUGGUCUUCCGUCCUCUCUUGGUCCUGCUCCUCCCUUAGCGUGUCCGCCUCCUGUCCAGACUGAGUCACAGUUACAGCCGGCCUCCCCGCUUCCUUCUCCUUCUCCCUACACUGGUCCUACUAGAGGUCUUGCUGAGCGUCGUGAGCCUGCGUCUCGCCCUGCGUCGCCUGUCCGUGCUGCUCGCACUAGUGGUCGUGGUUCGCGUCAGCGUCCUCCCCCUGUCCCCGGCACGCACCGGAUGUCUCUGCGUCCUUCCACUGCUCCGCUGCGUGCCCCUUUGCCCUCUCCUCCAGCGUCCUCUCUUCCUGAGCUUCCUGACCCUGAGUCGGACUCCCUUCGUGCUGCGCGUCCUACUGUCACACGUCUCCUUGCUACUGUCGUCACUGACCCUUCCUUUGAGUCUACUGCUGCGUCUGCCCUGGUUGCUGAGCUUGUCGACUUUGCUGCCUGUCGUCUAGACUACGCUGCUAGUCUCGUUGCUGAGUCUGAGUCUGUCUGUCCUCCGUCCGUCGGGGGUGAGUGUGCUCUUGGCACGGACGUCCUUGAGGACAGGCAGGAGGAGUUCCAGUGCUUGGCUGCUGCUUCACCUCAUCUCGUGGCCAUGCUACUUGCCCCUGAGGGAGACCCGGAUGCACUAGACAUCCCGACUCCGCGCUCUUACGCGGAGGCGAUAGAGGGUCCCUACUCCUCUCAGUGGCAGGCAGCCAUGGACGCAGAGAUGGCUUCCUGGAAGUCCACAGGCACCUACGUUGACGAGGUUCCCCCUCCUGGGGCGAACAUCGUCAGUGGCAUGUGGAUUUUCAGGGUGAAGCGGCCGCCGGGUUCUCCGCCUGUCUUCAAGGCGCGUUACGUGGCUCGUGGUUUCAGUCAGCGGCAGGGAGUUGACUACUUUCAGACCUUCUCUCCCACCCCGAAGAUGACUACUCUUCGGGUACUGCUGCACAUAGCCGCUCACCGAGACUACGAGCUGCACUCUCUUGACUUCAGCACUGCUUUCUUGCAGGGCAGCCUGCACGAGGAGAUCUGGCUGCGCCGCCCACCUGGCUUCACUGGGACUUUUCCUCCUGGCACCCAGUGGAGCCUCCGGCGGCCAGUCUACGGUCUCCGCCAGGCGCCGCGUGAGUGGCACGACACACUGAGGACUACACUUGCGGCUCUUGGGUUUGCUCCUUCGACUGCUAACCCGUCGCUGUUUCUGCGCACCGACUCUUCCUUGCCGCCGUUCUACAUCCUCGUGUACGUCGACGACUUGGUCUUUGCUACAGCUGACACUGCUGGACUUGCCUACGUGAAGUCCGAGCUGCAGAAGAGACACACGUGCACAGACCUGGGUGAACUACGCAGCUACCUUGGCUUGCAGAUCACCCAGGACAGAGCACAGCGCACCAUUACCCUGACGCAGUCACACAUGGUGCAGCAGGUCCUUCAGCGCUUCGGCUUCACGUACUCCUCGCCUCAGGCCACUCCUCUGUCUACACGUCACUCGCUCUCAGCUCUGCCUUCGGAUGAGUCCGUAGAGUCGAGUGGCCCGUACCCAGAGCUUGUUGGCUGCCUCAUGUACCUGAUGACUUGCACUCGACCUGACCUUGCAUACCCUCUUAGCAUUCUUGCACGCUAUGUUGCUCCUGGGAGACACAGACCAGAGCACAUGGCUGCAGCGAAGAGGGUGUUGCGCUACUUGUGCAGUACGUCGGGCAUGGGGCUUGUGCUUGGAGGGCAGAGUUCAGUGGUCCUCACUGGUCACGCAGACGCUUCUUGGGCUGACGACCAGGCUACGCAGCGGUCGUCACAGGGUUACACCUUCAGCCUUGGUUCCGGCUCUGUUUCGUGGCGGUCUACCCGCUCGUCUUCUGUUCUCGGCUCCAGUUGUGAGGCUGAGAUCUACGCAGGGGCCAUGGCUGCACAGGAGCUACGUUGGCUCACCUACCUGCUGACUGACCUCGGAGAGCCGCCUCGUUCUCCUCCAGUGCUGUACGUAGACAACAAGGCCAUGCUGGCCUUGUGUCGGGAGCACAGACUGGAGCACAGAACGAAGCACAUCGCUCUUCGCUACUUCCUUGCUCGUGAGCUGCAGCAGCGUGGUCAGCUGCGCCUUGCUUACACCCUCCACAUGGACGUGUGGGGCCCAACCCGCGUCGAGGGACAGAGUCGCGAGCGAUACUUUCUGCUGGUUGUCGACGACUACUCGCAUUACACCACGGUCUUCCCCUUGCGCAGCAAGGGUGAGGUCCCUGCUGUCUUGAUCCCUUGGAUCCGCGCUGUACGUCUCCAGCUGCGCGAGCGGUUCCGCACGGACCUUCCCCUCCUACGUCUGCACUCUAAUAAAGGUGUCAUGGAGGUCGCUCGUACCUCCAUGAUCCAUGCGGCUGCUCCCCAUUUUCUGUGGUCGUUUGUGGUCCGGUACUCUGCGCACCAGCUCAACCUCUGGCCCCGUGUCUCCGUGCCGGAGACCUCGCCCACACUGCAUUGGACGGGGGAGGUUGGCGAUGCGUCGCGGUUCCGGGUCUGGGGCUCUCGUGCCUUUGUCCGCGAUACCACCGCGGACAAGCUCUCCUCUCGCGCCAUUCCCUGCGUCUUCCUUGGCUUUCCCCCUGACGCGCAUGGCUGGCAGUUUUACCACCCCACCUCGCGCCGUGUCUUCCCCUCUCAGGACGUCACGUUUGACGAGUCGCCUGUCGAGGUCACUGGUGACUCGGGUGCUGCUAGGGGUGGUACUGCUCAAGCUGCUGCAUCUGGAGGUGCUGAGCCUGUGGGUGCUGAGCCUGGGGGUGCGGAGCCUGGGGGUGCGGAGCCUGGGGGUGCUGAGCCUGGGGGUGCUGAGCCUGGAGGUGCGGAGCCUGGGGGUACUGAGCCUGGGGGUGCUGCUUCUAGGGGUGCUGAGCAUGGUGGUGCGUCUGCUGGUGGUCUUCAGGGUGCCUCGCAGCAGCGGUCUCCCCAGCCUGCGCCCCUCUCACCGCAGCAGUUGCGCGAGUGGUUUGCCAUGCGCACCCGCCUUCGGAGUCACGCUGCUGGAGCUAGGGACACUGGCGCUGCUGGCGCUGGAGCUGCGGGUGCUGGACUUGGAGACGCUGGAGCUGGAGGUGCUGGAGCUGGGGGUACUGGCGCUAGAGGCGCUGGAGCAGGCGACACUGGAGCUGGAGGCGCUGGCGCUGGCGGUGCUGACGCUGGAGGCGCUGGCACUCGUGGCACUGGAGCUGGAGGUACUGGAGCUGGGAGCCCUAGGGCUGGAGGUACUGGCACUGGAGGCGCUGACCCUCGGGGCACUGGAGCUGGAGGUACUGCCGCUAGCGGCGCUGGUGCUGUAGCAAGAGGUACAAGAGCUGGUAGCGCUGGCGCUGGAGCUGGCGCUCCUGGAGCUGGAGGUGCUGGAGGUACUGGAGCUGGAGGUCCUGACGCUGGAGGUGCCAGAGCUGGUGACGCUGGUGCUGGAGCUGAUGCUACUGGAGCUGGAGGAGCUGCCGCUGGCAGCGCUGGAGCUGGCACUACUGCAGCUGGCGGUGCUGGCACUGGAGGUGCUAGAGCUGGAGGCUCUGUGCAGCAGCGAACGUUUUUCGAGCCGUCGCCUCAGCUGUCUGAGCUUCCGCCCGAGUCGGUGCUCCGCCAGCCAGUCUCCCUUACAAAGCGUUGUGAGCCUGCAUUUCGUCCUGUCUCCCCUGUUCGCGCUGUUCGCACCGCUCGUCGUGUCCCGCGUCCGCGUCCUCCUCCUGUGCCAGGCACUCACACUAUGGCACUUCGUCCUUCCUCUGCUCCACAGCGUGUCCCGCUGCCGUCUCCUCCUGCGUCCUCUCUUCCUGAGCUUCCUAACCUUGAAUCUGACCGUAUUCAUGCUGCUAGCCCCACGGUCACGCGUCUCCUGGCCUCUGUUGUCACUCACCCGUCAUUUGAGUCUAUUGCUACGUCUGCCUUAGUUGCUGAGCUUGUGGACUUUGCUGCUGCCUGUCGCCUAGACUACGCCACCAGUCUUGUUGCUGAGUCUGAGUCUGUCUGUCCUCCGUCCGUCGGGGGUGAGUGUGCUCUUGGCACGGACGUCCUUGAGGACAGGCAGGAGGACUUUGACUCUCUUGCGACUGCUGUACCUCAUCUCGUGGCCUGGCUGCUUGCACCUGAGGGAGACCCGGAUGGACUGGACAUCCUGACCCUGUGCUCUUACGCAGAGGCGAUCUCGGGCACCUACGUCGACGAGGUUUCCCCUCCUGGGGCGAACAUAGUCGAUGGCAUGUGGAUUUUCAGGGUGAAGCGGCCGCCGGGUUCUCCGCCUGUCUUCAAGGCUCGUUACGUUGCACGAGGCUUCAGUCAGCGACAAGGAGUUGACUUCUUCCAGACCUUCAACCCCACCCCGAAGAUGACUACUCUUCGGGUGCUGCUGCACGUUGCCGCUCAGCGUGACUACGAGCUUCACUCUCUUGACUUCAGCACAGCCUUCUUACAGGGCAGCCUGCACGAGGAGAUCUGGUUGCGCCGCCCACCUGGUUUCACUGGGUCGUUCCCUCCUGGUACCCAGUGGAGCCUCCAACGGCCAGUCUACGGUCUCCGCCAGGCGCCUCGUGAGUGGCACGACACACUGAGGACGACACUUGCGGCUCUUGGGUUUGCUCCUUCCACAGUUAACCUACCGUCGCUGUUUCUUCGCACCGACACUUCUAUGCCGCUGUUCUACAUCUUCGUGUACGUCGACGACUUGGUCUUUGCCACUGCUGACACUGAGGCACUGGCCCUUGUGAAGUCGGAGCUGUAG